AUGGCAGCGUUGAAACAAACUUUGAUGGAUACGCGGACAGCGACAGCCGAGCUGGGCUGGACCGCCAACCCUCCUUCAGGGUGGGAAGAAGUCAGCGGCUACGACGAAAACCUCAACACCAUCCGCACGUACCAGGUGUGCAACGUCUUCGAGCCCAACCAGAACAACUGGCUCCUCACCACGUUCAUCAACCGGCGCGGAGCUCACCGCAUCUACACCGAGAUGCGCUUCACUGUGCGGGACUGCAGCAGCCUCCCCAACGUCCCUGGCUCCUGCAAGGAGACUUUCAACCUCUACUACUACGAGACGGACUCUGUCAUUGCCACCAAGAAGUCAGCCUUCUGGACGGAGGCACCCUACCUCAAAGUGGACACCAUUGCUGCUGACGAGAGCUUCUCCCAGGUGGACUUCGGUGGCAGGUUGAUGAAAGUCAACACAGAAGUGAGAAGUUUCGGGCCGCUGACCCGCAAUGGCUUUUACCUGGCUUUCCAGGACUAUGGGGCUUGUAUGUCUUUGCUCUCUGUCAGGGUCUUCUUCAAGAAGUGCCCCAGCGUGGUGCAGAACUUCGCUAUCUUCCCGGAGACCAUGACAGGAGCGGAGAGCACCUCUCUAGUGACUGCCCGUGGCACCUGCAUCCCCAACGCUGAGGAGGUGGACGUGCCCAUCAAACUGUACUGCAACGGGGACGGGGAGUGGAUGGUCCCCAUCGGCCGCUGUACCUGCAAGGCUGGUUACGAGCCGGAGAACAACGUGGCUUGCAAAGCCUGCCCAGCGGGGAUGUUCAAGGCCAGCCAGGGUGCGGGGGUCUGCGUGCCCUGCCCCUCCAACAGACGCUCUACCACCGAGGCCUCACCGGUCUGCAGCUGCUUGAAUUUAUACUUCACCCGGGCAAGCCUGCCUCAAGCACUCUCCUUCCCCACAGGUGUCCCAUCCGGGCCCCGCAACGUCAUCUCCAUCGUCAACGAGACGUCCAUCAUCCUGGAGUGGCACCCGCCACGAGAGACUGGGGGUCGGGACGAUGUCACCUACAACAUCGUCUGCAAGAAGUGCCGGUCGGACCGACGUGCCUGCUCCCGCUGCGACGACAACGUGGACUUUGUCCCCCGGCAGCUGGGGCUGACAGAGACCCGGGUCUUCAUCAGCAACCUGUGGGCGCACACGCCGUACACCUUUGAGAUCCAGGCUGUCAACGGCGUUUCCAACAAGAGCCCCUUCCCACCGCAGCACAUCUCUGUCAACAUCACCACCAACCAAGCCGCACCCUCCACCGUCCCCAUCAUGCACCAGGUGAGUGCCACGAUGAGGAGCAUCACGCUCUCCUGGCCUCAGCCUGAGCAGCCCAACGGCAUCAUCCUGGACUACGAGAUCCGCUACUACGAGAAGGACCACAACGAGUACAACUCUUCCAUGGCCCGCAGCCAGACCAACACGGCCAGGAUCGAGGGGCUGCGACCCGGCAUGGUGUACGUGGUGCAGGUCCGAGCCCGCACCGUGGCCGGCUACGGCAAGUACAGCGGGAAGAUGUGCUUCCAGACACUGACGGACGAUGACUACAAGUCGGAGCUGAGAGAGCAGCUGCCUUUGAUCGCAGGGUCUGCAGCGGCUGGGGUGGUCUUCAUCGUCUCGCUGGUGGCCAUUUCCAUCGUCUGCAGCAGGAAGCGUGCCUACAGCAAGGAGGCGGUGUACAGCGACAAAUUACAGCACUACAGGUCUCCAGGGAUGAAGAUCUACAUUGACCCCUUCACUUAUGAGGACCCCAACGAGGCUGUCCGAGAGUUCGCCAAGGAGAUUGAUGUGUCCUUUGUGAAGAUUGAAGAGGUCAUUGGAGCAGGGGAGUUUGGAGAAGUGUAUAAAGGACGCCUGAAGUUGCCCGGCAAGCGGGAGAUCUACGUGGCCAUCAAAACGCUCAAAGCUGGCUACUCGGAGAAGCAGCGCCGGGAUUUCCUGAGCGAGGCCAGCAUCAUGGGGCAGUUCGACCACCCCAACAUCAUUCGGCUGGAAGGGGUGGUGACCAAAAGCCGACCGGUCAUGAUCAUCACCGAGUUCAUGGAGAACGGGGCCCUGGACUCAUUCCUGCGGCAAAAUGACGGGCAGUUCACGGUGAUCCAGCUGGUGGGGAUGCUCAGAGGAAUUGCCGCUGGCAUGAAGUACCUUGCAGAGAUGAAUUACGUGCACCGAGAUCUGGCUGCCAGGAACAUCCUGGUCAACAGCAACCUGGUCUGCAAAGUGUCGGACUUCGGCCUCUCGCGCUACCUGCAGGACGAUACGUCCGACCCUACCUACACCAGCUCCUUGGGGGGGAAGAUCCCUGUCAGGUGGACAGCGCCGGAGGCCAUCGCCUACCGCAAGUUCACCUCGGCCAGCGAUGUCUGGAGCUACGGCAUCGUCAUGUGGGAGGUGAUGUCGUUCGGGGAGAGGCCCUACUGGGACAUGUCCAACCAAGAUGUCAUCAAUGCCAUCGAGCAGGAUUACCGGCUCCCGCCGCCCAUGGACUGCCCCGCUGCCCUGCACCAGCUGAUGCUGGACUGCUGGCAGAAGGACCGCAACACCCGCCCGCGCUUCACCGAGAUAGUCAACACCCUCGACAAAAUGAUCCGCAACCCGGCAAGCCUCAAAACUGUGGCUACCAUCACCGCUGUGCCUUCUCAGCCCCUCCUCGACCGCUCCAUCCCCGACUUCACUGCCUUUACCUCAGUAGACGACUGGCUGAGUGCCGUGAAGAUGAGCCAGUACCGGGACAGCUUCCUGACCGCUGGCUUCACCUCCCUGCAGCUUGUUGCCCAGAUGACAUCCGAAGACCUCCUGAGAAUAGGGGUGACUUUGGCUGGGCACCAGAAGAAGAUCCUGAACAGCAUCCAGUCCAUGCGAGUACAGAUGAGCCAGUCUCCGACCUCGAUGGCAUGACGUCCCUUGUUCGACGGGGAGGGGACGGGGAGGGCACGCAGCGGAGGGGCAGAGGUGGGAGGGGAGGAACUGACAGGUGCUGCGGGCUCGCGUUUGGAGAGGUCCCCGACGCUGCCUGUGGACUGUGACCGCCGACGAAGGAUGUUCCUGGGACUCAUCUCUUAACUGGUGACUUCCGUUCCUCGCCCACAGAAGCACACUUACCGAUGUCAUGGGGAACAGCGUAUAAAUACGUAUAAAUAUGUACAAAUCAUAUAUUUAAAAAAACAAAACAAAA